AUGGAGGAAUGUGAAGUGGAGGGCUCUUCGCCUAGAUACGUGGUCUACAAUGCAUCAAACAAUGAACUUGUGAGGACUCAAACCCUUGUGAAGAGUGCCAUUGUGCAAGUUGAUGCUGCCCCAUUCAAGCAGUGGUACCUCACUCACUAUGGAGUUGACAUCUGUAGGAAGAAAAAGGCUCCUGCUACAAAGAAGGAAUCUGCUGAGGGACAAGAGGGUGAUGCAGCAGCUGAGGAAACAAAGAAGAGCAACCAUGUCAAGAGGAAGCUUGAGGAGCAUCAGAAGGGACGUGAGCUUGACGCUCACAUUGAAGAGCAAUUUGGCAGUGGAAGCUUGUUGGCGUGCAUUUCUUCCCGCCCUGGACAGUGUGGCCGAGCUGAUGGGUACAUCCUUGAGGGUAAAGAGCUUGAGUUCUACAUGAAGAAGCUUCAGCACAAGAAGGGCAAGGAAGCUGCAGCUUAG